CUCUCCAUCUCCCCUUUUCUCACCCGCCACCUCCUCGCUAUUAGUACCCGCGACGCCACCUCUCCCCUCCCCACCCAACCCCUCGCCGCCACCACCCUCCGUCUCCGCCGAGUCCACCGGCUCGGCUCCCUCCCACCCGCCGCUCCUCCCCCUCCUCAUCUUCCCCCCUCCUUGUGCAGGCGCGGACGCGAAGCUACAGUGGGCAGGCGAGGCCGCGAGCCAUGGGGCCGGCGCCGAGGGCGGGGGGCGAGCCAAUGAAGCAGCGGGUGAACCGCUGCCUGCACCGCCUGUCCGACCGGGACACGGAGGCCAUGGCCGCCAACGAGCUGGACGCGAUCGCGCGCGGGCUGGACGCCGACGAGCUCCCCGUCUUCCUCGCCGCCGUCUCCGACACCCGGGCCACGGACAAGGCGCCGCUGCGGCGCCACUCGCUGCGCCUGCUGGCGCUCCUCGUCGCCGCGCACCCGCGCGACGCCGUGGCGCCGCUCGUGCCCAGGCUCGUCGCCGCCGCGCUGCGCCGGGUGCGCGACCCGGACUCCUCCGUGCGCGCCGCGCUCGUCGACGCCGCGCGCGCCAUCGCCGGCGCCGCCGCGCCCCCCGCGGCCCCCGCGGCGCUCGGCCCGCUCGCCGACGCCGUGCUCCACGAGCAGGACCAGUGCGCGCAGCUCGCUGCCGCGCUCGCGGCGGCGGCCGCCGUCGAGGCAUCCGCCCCCACCGCCGACCUCGCCGACUACCUCCUCGCGCUCCUCCCGCGCCUCCUCAAGCUCCUCCGCAGCGCCGCCUUCAAGGCCAAGCCGGCGCUCAUCUCCCUCAUCGGCGCCGCCUCGGCGGCCACCGACGGCGAGGGCGCCGCCACCGCGGUGCCGUGUCUCCGCGACGCGCUCGCCGGGGAUGACUGGGCCGCCAGGAAGGCCGCCGCCGAGGCGCUCGCGCUGCUGGCCCUGGAGCACGGCGACGACCUUGCCGCCCACAAGCCCUCCUGCAUUGCCGUCUUCGAGGCCAAGAGAUUCGACAAGGUGAAGAUUGUGCGGGAGUCCAUGAACCGAAUGAUCGAGGCGUGGAGAGAGAUCCCGGAUGCGGAGGAGGAUGUGUGCUCCUCCGGCGCGUCGCCGGCCCAGACCAGAUCUCCUUCUCUAGCAGAUAGUGCAAGUGACGGUCGAUACCCGGCUGAUUCCCUAGGCUCCAAUUCCGUCCAGUCAGUUACAAAGAGGAACAUGCUGCCGGCAAGCAGGUCACCGCCGUCAGUCAGUAACCGAAGGACCAGUCCUUCCAUCAGAAGCAAGAAGAGCUCGCCGCCUUCACGCGGCUGCGGCGGCGGCGUGGACCAAGCCAAGAAAUGUGACUAUAAGGUCGACGUUGCCGUUGCAGCAGACGCCACCCCGAUCAGGACGGUGACCGGGGAGAAGCUUCUGAAAGAGGGCAAUGUUAGAGCAAGGCUUGAAGCACGGAAGAUGCUGUUCCAGAAGAGUGGUGAGAAAGGGUACAAUAAGGUGGCCGGGCGCAAGUCGGGGUCUAGAGUUGUUCCGUUUAACGGGGAUGGUGACUCGGAAGAGAGCACCGAGGUUGAGGAUGAUGGGCUGGAGGAGGUUCAGUCAGACCACUCCUCUGAGGAGCUUCAGUUGGUUCACAAAGAUGAAGACCUGUCCAAGAUCAGGAUGCAGCUUGUUCAGAUAGAGAAUCAGCAGACAAACUUGCUCGACCUCCUCCAGAAAUUUAUGGGGAGCUCCCAGAAUGGGAUACGUUCGUUGGAGACAAGGGUGAACGGUCUGGAAAUGGCACUGGACGAGAUCUCGCGUGAUCUGGCCGCCUCUUCAGGAAGGAUGCCAAGCAGCGAACCUGACAUGAACUGCUGCAUCCCGAGCCCAAAAUUCUGGAGAAAAAAUGAAGGCGGUAGAUACACUUCAAGGUACCCCGUCUCCGACCUAGCAAACCACUCCGAGGAGAGCAGAGCUUCUUCUAAGUGGGAGAGGCAGAAGUUUGGAGUUCAGGGUGGGUUUGUGACCAACCCAUUAGCAGAGCCAAACACUUCAUACGUAAGGAGCACGUUGGUUGCUCAGGAAGGCAGGAGGCAGAAUUCAGCCCAAUACAAGGCGAGGUAGGACGCGUUAGGCGCGACAAAAAUGCUCCAUCUGAAGCCUGAACCACCUGCAUCUACAAGGCGGGCGAAGCAUCUGAAACAAUGUCACUUCAUCACAUUCUAGGAGGCCUUUUCUUGUUUUCUCCAGAAUUCAAAGCUGAGUUUGUACAUGAAUUUAUGGAGUUUUCUUUUGCGAGUUGGUUCGACGAUUCAGAUUUCUGCGGAACAGAGCCCCUGGGCUCUAAAGCAUGAAGACCCCCACAGCCCCACCGCCAGGUGGGCGCCGUUUGUAUUAUACCUCCGGCCCUGAGACGGCCCCUGCAGGUCUUGAGCUAUGCAUGUAUCUUGCACUGUCUAUGUACAUAGUUUGGAUACGGCAGUUUCUAUCUUCGCGAGAUGCGCAUUGAACAAAUGUUCUUGAGUAUGCUCUCGCUGAGAUCAUGAAAGCAAAAGAUCCAACAGUGCUGUCCCUU